AAAGCUAUUUAAGUAUUAAUUAUUAGUAAUAUUCGUCAAGACGAAAAAAUCAAUACCGAGUUGAAUAUUGGAAAACAAUUGAUGGCUGUUGAAGUAUGUGCAUUUCACAUAAUAAGAUGUUAAUGUACUGCUGAGAUUCAAUUGCGCAAUCAUAAUAUUUAAACGAGCUCUAUGGAAAUUGUAAGCAAUAUGGAGAUUCGCGAGAAAGAUCGCAAACAAUGAAGGCUGUACGAUUGUAUGCAAUUCGUGAACGAGGCCAUGGAAAUUCCGGCUUUAAUAUUAAUUUCCUCAUUAUCAUUUCUCACAAUUUGUCAAGCCUCAUUUGAGGUAUACUGUAUAGUAUCGUAUCUUUCCAACGACGUGCAAAAGCAUCGCAGAAGCUUUAAAAGUUACGGUAUAUUAACGUUUUCUUUUCCGCGGGCAAGUGUGACAAACCGCUCGGCAAACUAAUUAUUCGUCAUUGUUUAUUGUUAUGUUAAUCUGAUUGAGUAUAAAUAAAUUUGUGUCGACGCGAAUAUAAUUGUUCCCAUGAAAAAUUAUUACAGCAUUAACGGUCAUGCAUUAAUUAAACCGGAUUAAACAAUCGAUUCGAUAAGAGAAUUGCCCCGAGGUAAUCGCGCCAUUAGCGAAGCAAAUUAAAGCGUUGCACCAUGCCAGUCGAAUUACUUCGCCGGGUACGAUUAACUAAACUGCAGCAACGGGCGGGCUGCGCAACGCGAUAAAUGACAGACAAAGAAAUUGCAAAUAAGUGGGACGGACGUUUUCUUGGCGCGUGAAAAUCCCGAAACUCUCGCCGUAUAUAUGCGCAUGCCAAAUGCAUGAGUCAGAUUAUUCGGGUCUGGACUUGGACUUGAUUUGCGCUUCACACGAAAAACGUCUCGUACGAUGGCACGAUAAACCUUGUAAUUCGCCCGAGUUUUGGAUUCUUUUUUUUCCUAACAUUUUAAUAUUUUAAAUUUCGAAAUACUUUUGGUUACUUGGAACAUAUUUAGGAAAAUAUGGCGACUUGUAAAUAGAUUUUUCGAACGAGAAACCGAAUAAUUCGUCAAACGUCAGCAAACCGAAAAUUAUGGGCCAAAUUUUGAGAUUCGAGUAAUCUUUUCUUACGCCAUAUCCGCUGUCGUAAAUCAGCCUCGUAAAUCACAGAGCUGCGAGGAUCGACAGAGUUCUGGCAGCGUCCCGACGCAGAUCUCCACGGGCGUCGCGACGCUCGGCGAAGUUAUUUCGAAGAUAGUGGGGCAUCGCUCUAUUUCGGUCGUGCUAGCCAGGGCCGUUCAGUCUGCGGCCCGGCUUCCUUACCGGGAGGCUGCGAAUCCGUAAUUCACACUUCGAUUCGCCUCCUUUGGCCCCGGAAAUCGUCGAAAAAUGGCCGAGAGAUAAGCACGAACGGGUUACAUCCUCGAAUGCGAACAGACGCUCGCGCAGUUUCAGAAGGCACUUCCGGUCGAGAGAAAGAAAGAAAGAGAAAGUCCGGUGUGAACGGAAGCGCCAGCUGGUUUAUGUUAUUGCUUCCGGAAUGAUCCCUCGGACUUAACGUACCGUGGAUUCGAAAAGAACAGUGUCACAUCAAUGUUCGCUUGGUUUUUCUUCGAUGUACAAAAGUGACAGUCUAAUAACAACUUAAUAAUUAUAACCGUAAGCUUUAAUCACGGUACACGCACCUGGUUUCACUUGCAAAUAAUACCGAUUAUUGAAGAAAAUUGAAGAAAAUUGCUUGUACCAUCACUGGGCAUGUUCAACGACGCGAGCUGUGGUUAAGAACCCAAAAGAUUUUAAUGUACUCUGAGAGUACCCGCGAGUCAUCGUGAGAACGGAAAUGUUUUGGAUCGAGCAGGACGAGGAGGAGGAGGCGUUGCUAUGCAGCCCCGCUCUGAUGGCCAGACGGGCCUCGGAGUCCUGGAUCGUCGCACCUCCCGUGGAGGCGAUGCCGGUGGCGGCAAUGCCCCUUCAACGAAAGAAGUCACUGCCGGACGUGGCACAGCCGAUCCAGCUCACAGCCACGGCACCAUUGUCGAGGGAAGAAGUUAGUAUCCUGAGCAGCAUGAGGAGAGAGGAGAUCCGCAGACAGAUCGACGAGAGCGAGAGGCUCAGAGCAAACCCGCUUUUGUACCUGGUCAGUCCACAGGUUAAAGACUGGUUCUCCCGCCAGCAGCUCGUGAUGCUGGUGCUGUUCAUCAACAUAUCCCUAGCUUUGAUGUUCUUCAAGCUGCUGACGUAGCAGCCAGCCGACGAUCGGGUUCACGGACUCGUGAACGUGGACGUGACCUGAGACCCGGUGGCGCCGCGACGCUUUGGGUCGUCACCGAGCCAGAAUUUCGAAGGAAAACGGUGGUGUGGCCGCACCAAGAAUCGCCGGGAACGGCUUUCACGAGCGAUUCACUCGGUCUUACGCGCCGCCGGUGCUAUGCUACGAGGGGGAAUAUUUGAAUCGGAACCGACGCGAGAAGGGAACUCGAAGAGGAUCAAGCCUCAGCGGGGAUUUUGUCGCGCGAAGGCAACUGUAAUUGAAUUUUGAGAGAUUGCGAGGAUCGUAACGAUAAGUAGUCAAGGAAACAGAGGGAGCGACAUCAAGACGAAAACGUUCCUCUGAGGUGUUGCGGGGAUCUACGGCGGAUUCGCCUUUGAAUAUUGUAAAUUAAAAAGGAUUUCAGCGUCAAGAGAUAAAGAAAGAAAAAGAGAGGAGAGCUGCAAGAGUAGUUUAAAUGACGAUUGCAUCGAGAGUCUUUGACCUGUCUGUGGCAAGAUUUUUUGAUAAAACGUUUUAGAGAUUUGUCGCUUAAAUCCUUUUUAAUUGACAGGCUGAUAUUUAUUGGACAAAAAUUUUUGAGAAAAAAAAAUACGAUGAAACUCCUGGGCGCAGUUUGUCGUUUGCGCGAGAAGGAGACAUCGACACGUCUUUUGGAAACGGGGAGCGCGUUGCGCACUCCCAACGCCUGUGUAUCAUACCUAUUUUUACACCAAAUACUUUAAUAACGCUACUUGUAAGAGUAGGUCGAGCCCUCUCGGGCGGGCCGCCGAUCGAUCGUAUCCGACAUACGAAUCUUCUUCUCUAGUCAUAAUUUUCUCUUUUCUGACGAUCGGCUCGAGCGCAGUAACAGCGACGAUCGAAAUUGUACACGAUCGACUUUUGAACGAUUUAACCGCUUGCUGAGCACUUUUAAUUAAGGCUGGCGCUAUUCGAUUCAAAACGGCAUUCGAUCACGGUCGAAUUAUCCGAAUCGUACUUACGGCUAUUUCCCUAAAAAGUAGCGAUUAUUACAAUUUAGCAAUGAUUGUAAUUGUAGCCAUAGUGCCGACGCGCGCGAUGUAAAGAUUCGUUAACGCGCAUCCGAGCAUUUAUAGCGUUCCACGACGAUUACGAUAAACUAGUAAGUCGUAAGAUUUACUGUAAACAGAAGAGACACAUAGAAAGUUCUUAUAGUCCUCGAACUUUUACGAGAGCCCCGCGGGAUUAUAGUUACAAUUACUGUCGUUGAAUAUCGACAGUUGAGAUUUGAAAUCCGUCGCGAACCGUCUUGCGUCUAGAUUACGGAGUUCCCCGAUAGUGAACUGUGUCAACCAGAUAUGAACCGCACAAGUUGAGAAAAACGUUUUCGCUACGAAUACGAAUUAGCUUUCGAUGAGAGAUCGAAGGUUGACGCGCUUGUUGUUUGUCGACGCGAAGAGUUGUUUCCCCUGAAACGUUUUACAUUCUACAUCUAAGAAAAAUAUUAACGCUGAAAACGCGAGUGACUCACAUCGCAACAAUCGCGUCGCACGUGAUCACGAUAACAUCGUUCAUCGAGACGCAAAAUCGCAAUCUCUGUACAUAUAAACAGCGACUCUUAUCAACGAGUGUCUGUCGAGUGCGUCGAGUGACGAAAUUAGGGGCAGAUUAAAUAUGAGAUGUCUGGCGGAAGGAGACAACUGGUUAUUAUUCGAGAUCAUCUGGUGACUAUUAUUCGAAACGUAAAACUAGUAUGAAACGCUCUUUAAUCCGCAAUAUCGGCGGCUCGCCGACGUUUAUCUCAUAUUUCGCGAAAACGCACAAAUCGCGAGAGUUAUAUCCCGCGUUCCCUCUCCCAUGACUUCGCGAUAGAUCGACGAUCGGCCUUCCUGCGCUCGAGCGACCGUAAUUUUUCUAGCCUCGAGGGCAUAGCUUGUAUAUCUCUAGAUAAAUUUGUAAAUAAUCGUGUAAACGCCGAUUGCGAUUGCAGACUUUGUUCUCACAUUACGCGAUAACGUUCUCGCGCGCUCUCGGAUGCAAGUUGGCCGGAAAGCGAGGACCACCGAAAGUCGAGAUCGUCUUUUAACUCGAAGAAUCUCGCUCUUGUUCAUAUAGCGAAACUAAGCUUCUCUCCUAUUCCUCUGCUUUGACAGUGCCAAUGACGUAGCCAGUGUACUUCCGCGAGGGUAAAUUUGAUCGGCGACAUGGCAUACGCAAUCGCGUUCAAAUUAUGCUCCGAAUCCGAAAAUCUUGGUUCACGCGCGAGCACGUGAUUCGAAGUUGAUAUAAAGCGUUCGAUUGAGAUGCAGAGCGGGAUGAUAUUUUCAACGCUAUCUAUAUUGAAGCUGCGAAGAGCACAAAAGAAAAAAGCAUUCUUGUCCGCUGAACAAGUCGGAUGAACGUUUAUAGGAUUGUCAGAUUCGCAAUGCUGGGUUUACGUCUGGCAUCUAUCUCGCGAUACACGUUUGUACCUGUAAUGUGGUUGUUUGUCGAUAUUAAAGAAUUUCUCUCCGAUAUUAUAUUCUAAGAAAGGACGCUAAACUAAGACAAGUAUCGAAUAGACAUGUCAAACGUAAAGCCAGCGUAACAGGAAACGAGUAUCCUUAAGGAGGACAGGGUCACGUAGAAGAAAGAACCGGAAAAAAGACGCGUAGGUACGAAAUAAGUUGUAUGUUCCAGCUUAGAAAAAGGACCGACGGCUUUUUUUGUCACAAAAGGUUGCAUUCGCAUAGAUACUAUACCUAUUACGCACAUUUACCGUUGAGGGUCAUGCAUUGUAUAUAUAUUGCUAUUAUAAAUACAUAUAAAAUUUAUUAGUUAAUUACCGCAGACAGAGAUAAUUAGAAAAGAUUUGAUAUUGAAUAACGCGUUAGGGGAAAACAUCCAUCGGGAACAAGAAGGGACUGGAGUCGGGACAAGACAGAGCGAGGCGGAAAUAAUUUUUGUCACUGAACAAGCCAUAUCACUUAAUCAAAGGAAAUUUACGCGAUUCGUAUUGUUUUAUUUAACGAAUGGGAAAAUUGGUUUCGCGAUUUACAAUGCGAUAUCAUAAUAUGUAUAUAUUAUGAUUACGUAUAUACAUACAUAAGAACAUAUGUAUAUUUUACUUGUUAUAUCUCUUGACUAUUAUCGCAAUUAGCGCACAUAUCCCGUUAUUAUUGUAUAUUAUUAUCAUUAUUACACUAUUAUAUUAUUAAUUAUU